AUGGCCGUCGCUGUCCAACAAUCUAUUGAACCACAAAGUGCCGCGAUCCUCGAGCAUCGCAGCCUGACAGAGCCCGAGAAAGUCGAUCUGGAUUUCGACGCGCUCAAACGCAAAUACCAGGAAGAGCGCGAUAAACGACUCAAGAACGGCGGUAUCAACCAGUACACCAUUAUUCAGCCAUCGAGCAAGGCGGCGGAACAGUUCCUCGACGACCCAUACGUGCAACCAGGCUUCACGCGUGAUCCGAUCGAACUUGACACAGAUGUGAUCAUCAUCGGCGGAGGCUUCGGCGGCCUCCUAUGUGCUGUGCGACUAUUGGAGCAGGGCAUCACAAAUUUCCGAAUUAUCGAAAAGGGCGGCGACUUUGGGGGCACUUGGUAUUGGAAUCGAUAUCCAGGAGCACAAUGUGAUAUCGAGGCUUAUGUGUAUAUGCCCCUACUUGAGGAGACUAACUAUGUGCCUUCUGAAAAAUAUACCCAUGCAUCUGAGCUGCUUGAGCACGCACACCGGAUCGGAACUCAUUAUGGGCUGUACGAGAAGACGCUCUUUCAAACUGAAACUCUAAAACUUCAGUGGAACGAGGCGACCACGCGAUGGGACGUCGAGACGAACCGAGCGGAUACUAUCUCGACUCGUUUCAUUAUACCGGCAGCAGGACCUCUUCACAGACCAAAGCUGCCAGGUGUCGCAGGUAUAGACUCGUUCAAGGGUCAUGUUUUCCACUCUUCACGCUGGGACUAUGACUAUACUGGCGGUGAUAACCGCGGAGGUCUAACGAAAUUGGCCGACAAACGAGUUGGGAUUAUCGGCACGGGCGCGACGGCGGUGCAGAUUGUGCCUCAUGUUGGCGCGACAGCUAAGCAGCUUUACGUCUUUCAGCGAACUCCGUCGAGUAUUGACGUCCGGAAUAACCGCCCGACGGAUCCCUUAUGGGCCAAGUCCCUCCCUAAAGGGUGGCACCAAGCACGAAUGGACAACUUCGACACCGUCAUCGCUGGUGGGUAUGUUGAGGAAGACCUCGUGGCCGAUGGCUGGACAGAUAUCCUGAGAAACCUCUGGCCACGCAAAACCGGAAAUGAGUCCAGUACCAUGGAUCCCGCGCAGAUUGCGGCAAAGAUCCAGCUUGCCGACUAUAAAAAGAUGGAGUCCAUCCGUGCUCGCGUGGACAGUGUCGUGAAAGAUAAGCAGACCGCGGAAGCCCUGAAGCCAUGGUAUAAUCAGAUGUGCAAACGACCUUGCUUCCACGACCAGUACCUUCAGACGUUCAAUAGGCCGAAUGUGAAGCUGGUCGACACGAAAGGCAAAGGAAUCGACAAGAUCACGCCCGAAGGAGUGAUGGCGAACGGCGUUGUCUACGAAAUCGACUGCCUGAUUUACGCCACGGGCUUCGAACUAGCGACCGAUUGGGCCCAACGAACUGGUAUGGAAAUCUACGGUCGUGGCGGCAUCACAACGACCGAGAAAUGGAAGGAUGGAUUCCAGACAUUCCACGGCUGGACCAGUCGCGGAUUCCCCAACUGCUUCUUCGUCAACAGCGUCCAGGCAGCCGUGUCGCCAAAUUUCCUGCACGCGACCGCCGAGCAAGCUAAACACUUCGCCUACGUGAUCCGGCGUGCCUGUGACAAGAAGGUCCGCACUCUGGAGCCCACCGCCGAAGCCGAGAGCGGCUGGGUGCAGAUCUGCGUGGACCUGGCGGAACCUCGCCGGAAGUUCCUCGAGGAUUGUACUCCUGGGUACUACAACAACGAAGGCGAGUUCGACGACUUGAAGUCGCAGAGGAACGUCAUCUAUGGGGCAGGCUCGCCGGCGUUCUUUGAGCUGACCCGGAAGUGGAGGGCAGAUGAUCGCUUCGAGGGAUUGGAAGUUCACUACCUUGAAGACUAG